AUGUCAGCGGGCGCGCAGGAUCUAGACGCACCUCGCCUUCACUCCCCCCACUCCGGGAGCCGGGUGGAGCGGGAGGGCCCCGGAGGUCCAGGAAGAGGGAGAAAGGGAGAAGAAAUUCGAGAAACAAGCCACUCGGGGAGAACCAGACAAACCGGGUCCGGGCAGGGCGCGCGCAGCCGCCAGGGCGGAGCCGGGUCUGGGGCCCCGGGAGUGUGCGUGCGCGUGUGGCUGGGGGGGAGGCGGGCUCUCGGCGGGAGGGGCGCCGCGCCUCGGUCGCUCGGGGCUCCAGUGGCGGGGUGGGGAGCCCUGAGGCCCGUGCGCUCCAGCUCCACCGGGCGGCCAGUGACGCGGCACCGCCGGGUCCCCAGCACCGACGGGAGCCCGGCCCCCUCCCCCCACAGACGGCGAGUGGGGAGCGAGCUCCGCCUUCGGCCCCGCCCCAGGUGGGAGACCCAAAUUACCGCGAGGUACCCCGGAGAGGGUAGGCCCGGUGUACAGAGGAAGCCCCCUGCCCACGACCCCCCUCGAAGUUCCCUCGGGGCCCCGACGGAUCGUCCACCCCCCCGCACGCCCUCCCCCCCCGAGCUCGGAGCAGGCUCUGGCCGCCCAGGGGGCUCAGACACAGAGCCCAGAGCAACCAGCACAAUAGCGUCCAACAGCUGGACCACCAGCAGCAGUCCCGGGGAGGCCCGGGAAGAUGGGCCCGAAGGCCUGGACAAGGGGCUGGACAACGAUGCCGAGGGCGUGUGGAGCCCGGACAUCGAGCAGAGCUUCCAGGAGGCCCUGGCCAUCUACCCGCCCUGUGGCCGGCGCAAGAUCAUUCUCUCAGACGAGGGCAAGAUGUACGGUCGAAAUGAGCUGAUUGCCCGAUACAUCAAGCUGAGGACUGGGAAGACGAGGACGAGGAAACAGGUGUCCAGCCAUAUACAGGUUCUAGCUCGGAAGAAGGUGCGGGAGUACCAGGUUGGCAUCAAGGCCAUGAACCUGGACCAGGUCUCCAAGGACAAAGCACUCCAGAGCAUGGCGUCCAUGUCGUCGGCCCAGAUCGUGUCAGCCAGCGUUCUGCAGAACAAGUUCAGCCCGCCCUCCCCCCUGCCCCAGGCGGUCUUCUCCACCUCCUCCAGGUUCUGGAGCGGCCCCCCUCUGCUGGGACAGCAGCCCGGACCUUCUCAGGACAUCAAGCCCUUUGCACAGCCCGCCUACCCUGCCCAGCCUCCCCUGCCACCAACGCUCAGCAGUUAUGAGCCCUUGGCCCCUCUGCCCCCAGCCGCUGCCUCGGCACCUGUGUGGCAGGACCGCACCAUCGCCUCCUCCCGGUUGCGGCUCCUGGAGUACUCCGCCUUCAUGGAGGUGCAGCGGGACCCUGACACGUACAGCAAACAUCUGUUUGUGCACAUUGGCCAAACGAACCCCGCUCUCUCAGACCCGCCCCUGGAGGCCGUGGAUGUGCGCCAGAUCUACGACAAGUUCCCGGAGAAGAAGGGGGGCCUGAAGGAGCUCUACGAGAAGGGGCCCCCAAAUGCCUUUUUCCUCGUCAAGUUCUGGGCUGACCUCAACAGCACGGUCCAGGAGGGCCCUGGUGCCUUCUACGGGGUCAGCUCGCAGUACAGCUCGGCCGACAGCAUGACCAUCAGCGUCUCCACCAAGGUGUGCUCCUUCGGCAAGCAGGUGGUGGAGAAAGUGGAGACGGAGUACGCCCGGCUGGAGAACGGCCGCUUCGUGUACCGCAUCCACCGCUCGCCCAUGUGCGAGUACAUGAUCAACUUCAUCCACAAGCUCAAACACCUGCCCGAGCGCUACAUGAUGAACAGCGUGCUGGAGAACUUCACCAUCCUGCAGGUGGUCACCAGCCGGGACUCGCAGGAGACCCUGCUCGUCAUUGCUUUUGUCUUCGAAGUCUCCACCAGCGAGCACGGGGCACAGCACCACGUCUACAAGCUUGUCAAAGACUAGGGUGCCCUUGUCACCCUCCCCCACCCCAAGGAUGAUGGACAGGCAUCGUCCACACACUUGCCUGGUCUCCUCCGGGUCCAGGUUGAGGGCUCAUCCACCUACAGGCCGGGACCCAGGUGGCCUCCCUGGGCCCCCCACCCCCCCGGCACACACACGCCCUGCCUCUGCUGUGCGCUUUACUGAGGGCGAGAAGAGGACUCCUGAUGGGACAGCCCACCUGGGCACUGACCCACGAACACCUGGAUCCAGCUGGCCUUGGCUGACCUAAGAAGCGGGGAUGGGAGAAACCUAUGGGCUCCAGUGCCUGGCCUCUAGCCCCCAGGGGAGUGUGAUGGGCAGCUGAGGGUAGAAUGGAGAGCCAGGGAAGGAGGUGGCCUGCGGAGGCCCCAGAGCAAUGUUGGGGCUGAGUUGAGGAUCGAGGGGCCCAGACAUCUGUGCACCUUCUGGGCAUCAGUCUGAUGCUAGGCCCUUGCAUAGCCGAGCAAGCAUGGGUCUCUGAAUCACACCAAGCGCAGAGAUGGAAGCUGGGGCCCAGAGGCCGGCCCAGGUUCAGCUACCUCCCAGAAGCAGGGCUGCUCAUAGGGGAGAGGGCUGGACGGUCAAGAGACUGGCCUGUCAGGAUUUAUCUGGGCUGGGGUCUCCACAAAGCACGGCCACAACUAGGCAACCUUUCAACCCCCAAACUCCUCCAGGGGUGGGCAGGAGAGCCAGCCCAAGGCUUGGAGAGCCCUAGAUAGGUGCUCUUAGAGCUGACCCCACAUCCCCCAAGGGCCAACUGGCCUGUCUGCAACCCCCCUCCCCCGGGUAUUUAUGAAUUCCAUAUGAAGUACUGUGCCCCUUCCUCACCCUGCCCGAGCUUACUGAAGUUCCUCACCAUUCGCAUACUGCUCAGGCACCUCCAAACCUCACCUAGGUUUUAUAACGUGUAUUAUAUAUAUAUUUUUGUGUAUUUUUAAAAUCCAGCUGUGAUGGGUUGUAUCGUAAAUGUGGCUCAGGGUAGGGGCCCCUCAAGGCCUGGCUCCUGCUCAAAAAAAGAAAUUAAAGCU